CCAUGGUGACGCAGACGCACGUCGUCUCCUCCCUGUCUUUGAUGCGUAGCCACCUGCGUCAGGUUUUUCUUUGCUCCUCCUUAACUUCACUCUUCCAGUUUGAGUCGUCGACAGUACAAGUUAGAACUUUUCACCCCAGCUCUCACGGUGGUCUCAAAUCCGACCAGACUUGAAGAAACACCAGACAUUAACGACUUGGAAUAACCUGCCUGUCGGUGUCGGGAAAAAUGAAUUUACGCUGUUUACUGCCGGCUGUCCUGCUGGUCAUCGGUUUGGCGACGGUUUCCGCGCAGACCACUGAAGUCGUUUGCGAGACAAAGAAUGGGACGAGCUGUGAUGAAUGUCUGAAACAUGUGUCGUGCUUGUGGUGCAUCAGCUCCAAGUCGUGUCUCACCUACCCAGUCAAGGCCAUCCUGCCUCCACAUGACCUCUGCCCCCUCAAUGAUGCCCGUUGGGGUCUCUGUUGGAUGAACUUCCAGGCUCUGAUUAUCAGCUUGUCAGUAGUGGGCAGUGUCCUCAUAAUUGCCCUGAUGGUUUGCAUGUUCUGCUGCUGCAAGUGUGAGAAACUUGGAGCCAAGAGGUUGGAGGCCAAGAUGCAGAAACAGGCUGCAAAGACAAAAUACAAACAGGAUGAAAGGAGAGCAGAGACGAAACAAAGACAUGAAGAAAUGAGGAAGAAAUAUGGUCUAAGUGGACAAAACCCAUACUCUAGAUUUGCAUGAGGACCAUUCAACACAAUGCUCUGUCUGUGCCUGGCCACUAGUUUCUCACAUCAUCCACGGACAGCAUCAGUGUGCCUUUUGGUUGUGAGCAAGGCCAAAAAAACGAAGUGAAUCAAUGUAAACUAUGAUUAACCUUUAUAUCAGAAAAGUGACAAGACUUUGGUCAGGGCUGCCUUUAAUUGUCAUUUAGCUGGUGAGUGAAUGUUGUAUGUUCACUGUCAUGAUCAAAAAGAGAAAUAACAGGCAGUUUGAGGGUGUGUUCAACCUUGGCAGAUAAUGCUCUUAUUAUCACUGAUCACUCCAACCUUUGUGAAUGUUACCAUACCGACCUUUCGUCUCGCUGAGAAACUGGACCAAGCUGGACUGGUGCUGUUUGACUGAUACAUGAACCUUUCACACAACAUUAGAUCGAACCAUAAAGAAGACAAAACAGAAGCUACAAGAUGCCAAAAAAAAAAUCUGUCAAAUAAUAUAGACUAGAAGAAGUGUAUGCUAACUCCUCACUGCUACAAUUAAUUUGGAUAUUCCAUGCAAUACAGUGUGACAUCAUCAGUAACAUGGGCCAAUUGGACAGUGAUUUUAUCCACAUCACUGAUUUGGUCUAAUGAUCGACGGCAGUGUAAACUCGAAACCUAAAAAGAGCAAACUACAAGUGUGAACACACCCCGGACUGUGGUCGUCUCACCAUGUGGUACCUAUCGUAUCUGCCGACUUACACUUAUGUUAGGUUAACUUUAAGUGUACAAAAUAGAAUGAAUCCUUUUUGUGUAAGGUAAUCUAUUGCACCUGUAAAUGUUCAGAUAAUUAUGUCAGGUUAUUGUUUCAAUUAGAACGAUACUGUUUAGAUGUAAUCUAUUUUUAUACUGGGUGUUGGAGGCCGUUUUCAUUGCGUCAGUACUUUUGAAAAACAUCUGGUUACUUUAUUUAGGGGUCAUAAUUACAUCCUUAUCCGCGCACCUUGAAUAUAGCUAUCUAUGUCUGUUAAGUUAAAUGUGACUUACAUGAAUGUGAUGAUCCUUGGAUUUAAAAUUAGCCUAUUUCUACUGUUAGCCAUCCGCCAUUAGCCUACAAUGACCUAAAGGCCUAUUAUUAAGGCCCAUUCUUAAGUCAGUAAUACUGUUUUUAGUUGUUUGUGUAUUGCCUGACUUGCAGUGUGCAUUUAAUAAAACUGUUUUUAUCU